AUGCUUCUCACUACCGGGGCUACAGUUUACGGGGACAGCUGGAAAAGUCCCGCCUUGCCUACGAGACAGGGUGGUGCUUGUGCGGAUGCUUCAGACGACAGGCCCUGCGCGGCGCAGUCAGGAAGAGCGGCAAGCAUGUCUCCCGUGGGACGCCUUCUUACCCGGGCGCAGCUGCCCACUCAGCUGUUUCCAGCACUGAGGGGGAAGCACUCGGUCUGGGAGCAUUCCGCCCAGAAGCGUUUCUUCAGCGGCGGCGCGGCGAAGCCCAGUUGGAAUGUCGCGCCGCACUACCGGUUUGGUCCUUCGCUACCCGACCAUGCUUACUACGGCGAGCACGCGACCUACAACUACUUCGUGCUCUUCAUCCGCGGCAUGCGCCCCUACCUGGAGAAGAUCUUCGGCGACUGUGCGCUCACGAUCAAGAGUGCGGCUCUAGCGGUCUACAGGCCCCUCAGCAACUUCGUGGUCAGACACAACCCCGAGCUGAGACUGCAAUUCGUCGCCUUCGCGUCCUUCCUCGCUACCCACAUGGCGAUCACGAGCGAAUUCAAUGAAAUGUACCAACGCCUCGUGGAUAUCACCUCCAUGUUGGAGCUUCAGGCGGCCCAGCUGCAUGCGUCCGAGGGCUUCUGGGACAGCGCGUCUGAGCAGCAGGAAGCGCGCCUGCAGCGCCACGCAGAGCAUUUGAAGGAACUUGAGGCGACUUGGGAAGAAGCGCUGCGCGAAGCCACCAUGUCGCGAAACUUUGACGUCCUUGUGCGGUACAUGACCCACGCCACCUCCGACAGCGACAAGCACCACGCGCACGCUGGAGCAGACGGAGACGGCCAGAAAGGCAUCCCGCCGUCGCUCAUGUGGAAUUUCAACGCCAUGCCCUAUGGCAAAGACAACCCCGACACGAAGACGUUCCCGAUCCCUGACCACGAACAGCCGUAUCGCGCCUUCUCUUUGGGUUUCACUGCGAACAACCUGUCUGGCAACUGGGGUGACUACAUUGACAGGCAAGACAACAAGAACGCCAUCAUGCGUCCUGCUCGUAUGAUGUUCACUGACGUCUUCAUUCCCACUACAAAAUAA